AUGUCUUCUGGGCGACCAAUAAUCGCGAUUUGCAUGCUUUUAGGGCGCAUUGCGAUAACCGUUUGUGGACCUUUUGAUGGGCAGUUACCAGAGGACGACAUCCACGAGUCGAAGUCGGAAGAAACCUCGUCAAAGUAUCCGGAUAAAAAUGACGUUUGUUCGACCCCAGAAUGCGUUCUUGCGGCAUCGAGGUUUUUGAACGAUAUGGAUCGAAAGGUUGAGCCAUGCGACGAUUUUUAUCAGUUCGUUUGUGGAAACUAUGAAAAGUCAGCCAGGAUCAACGAUGAUUAUUUUUAUGCUGCUACGAUCUAUCUAAGGUUCGAAGAGGCGUAUGCGCGCCUGCAACGGAUCAUAGAGGACAUUGACGAAUCGACAGCACCCGCGGUUUUCUUGAACAUCACAAGUGCUUACAAAUCUUGUCUGGAAAACAAAUGGUACAAUACCGAAGAACCAUCCGUCGAUGAGUCGCAGCGCGAUUACAUUGUUGGUUUGUGGAAAAAAAUUAGACAAGAAAGGGAGAACGAAUUAUAUCUUUCUAUUUAUGACUUCAAUCCACAACUGUUCUCCACUUUGUAUUACCAAAGCGAGUACAACCGGUCACAAAAUGUUUUGCAUAUUUCAUUAAAGCAACCGGUUAUUGCGUGGGCUUAUCUAAAGGAAGGCUUGGCAAAUCAAGUUGUUCGAGAAUACUUAAUGUUCAUGAAAAACGUUGGUAUAAAUCUGGGUGCUGAUCAACGGCAAGUAGACUCCGAUCUGCUGGACGUUUUGAAUUUCGAAGUGGAGCUUGCUAAAAUCGUGUCACCGGAGAACGAGGACGAGGAGGACAAAUUUUAUCACGAUUACACCGAAAUGACUCUGAAACAAUUGAAAAGAUUUUUUCCGCACUUGCGCUUCGAGCGAGCCAGUAAAAAUAUGACGGACACUUCCAAAUUUCAAACUCAAAUAGCUCUAAAAACCUUGAAGAAACUGGAUGAAUUGAUCGCUCAAAAAUCGACGCUGGUUUUGGCUAAUUGGGCUUUAUGGCGAAAAACUGUAGAAAAAACAUCGGGAUUGGGCCAAGUUAUUCGUCACAAGCAUCAGUCGCUAAUCGGACACGAUCGCACCGGAGCUUUCUUGACAGAUGGUGUGACGAGAGAAUGCGUCAAAGAAGUACGUUCGGCCUUCCCAUUCGUACUGAAUGUUUUAUACUAUGGACAAUUCCUCAGCGAAGAUGCUGUAAAAAGUAUGGAAGCGAUAUUCGCUAACACGAAAGCCGCAUUCAUCGAAUCCAUGAAAAAGGCUACGUGGUUGAGUGACUUCACGAAACAACAAGCUAUCGAAAAAGUCGAGUCGACAGGGAACCGAUUUGGAUUUUUCGAAAAAUUCAUGCUCAAUAGAACUUUAAAUUCGUCUUCAGCGGAUCUGAAAUUAUCGGAAGGCUUCUUAGCAGCCAACAGAGCGAAUAUAACUGCAAUUUUGAAUAAUUUUAACAAGAGAUACAUCGAAGAGCUUGAUUUUAUGGAUUAUCCAGCGUUCUAUGUUCCUAAACAGCGAUACGUCGGAAUGGGUGCUCUCCUAUUCAGCGAUGUUAUGCACGAUACCGGUCACCCUGCGAGUUUGAAUUACGGAGGCUUCGGUGCCACCGUCGCUCACGAAAUAAUGCACGGGUUCGAUCACGUGAGAAAAUGGUAUGACCAAACCGGUAAUAUGCGACUGGAGCCAUGGUGGGACGUUGACAGUCUCAAAAACUACGCUGCGCGGACCCGAUGCCUCGAAAAUCAACACAGAAAGUAUGCCUCUGACGAAUUGGGACUCGACGUCACACCUUCGAGGACUCGGGAUGAGGAUUUGGCGGAUCUCGUGGGUACCAGGAUGGCAUACUCCGCGUACGUAGAACUGGCGAAGGAUUCACUUCCUGAAAAACAAUUGCCUGGACUCGAUUAUUCACCGAGACAAAUGUUUUGGAUCAGUACUGCGAACACAGCGUGCGUCAAAACCCGACCAGUAGCCGCACUUCGUUUUCUUUAUGAAGAGGAACACUCGCUUCCGAAACUUCGAAUUAACGUACCUUUGUCAAAUCUCCAAGAAUUUGCGGACGACUUCAAUUGCGCUGUUGGUUCAAAAAUGAAUCCCAAGGAUAAAUGUACCAUUUGGUGA